UCGAAAAAAUAAAAAUCCGCCAAAUUGUGCAAAAUUAGAACAAUGAAGGAUUUGAAUUCUAAUUUAGCUCUAGCGAUUGUGGCAGCAGCUCUGGGUUCAGGAUUUCAACACGGAUACAACACUGGUGUAUUGAAUGCUCCGCAAAAAGUGAUCGAGCUUUGGAUAAAGGGCCCUUGCCCAGGAAGCAGUUUGAGUCCUGUCAGUGGUCGUGCAUGUUUGGAUGAAUACACCGUUACUUUGAUUUGGUCGUGGGUAGUUGCCAUUUAUUGUAUCGGAGGUAUGAUGGGCGGAGCAAUUGUGGGCUUGGUAUCCAGCUAUUUUGGAAGAAAAGGAGGCCUUAUGUUUAACAAUCUGUUUGUUCUAAUCGCAUCCCUUCUUAUGGGAUUUGCAAAGGAGGCUGAUAGCUACCAAAUGUUACUUGCUGGAAGAUUAUUUGCUGGAAUAAACUCUGGUUUGAACGCUGGCUUGGUUCCAAUGUACCUGUCCGAGGUAUCACCUGUGUCUCUUCGAGGAAGUACAGGAACAGUGUAUCAGCUCAUUAUCACUCUCUCAAUUCUUUUAUCUCAAGUAUUAGGUCUACAACAGGUUCUAGGCACACAGGAUAAAUGGCCAAUACUUCUUGGGGCCCCUGUGGUACUUGGUAUCCUUCAGCUACUACUGCUCCCCUGGUGUCCUGAAUCUCCUAGGUUUCUUCUAAUGGACAGAUUUGAUUCCAAUGGAUCUACCAAAGCACUCUCUUGGCUCAGGAAGUCGGACAAAAUCCAAUCUGAGAUAGAAGAAAUGAAUAUAGAGUUCGAAGCUAAGAAGCUUGAAAAACAUAUGACCUUGAAGGAGAUGUUAACGGUGAAAUAUUUGCGUAAACCUCUCGCCAUCGCUGUUAUGAUGAUGUUGGCCCAACAGCUCUCUGGUAUCAACGCCGCCAUGUUCUUCUCUACUAAGAUUUUCAGUUCGGCUGGUCUUGAUGAAUUUAACAGUCAAAUGGCCUCAGUAGGUAUGGGUGUCAUGAAUGUACUCAUGACGUUUGUAUCCAUGAUCCUAAUUGAUGUUGCUGGGAGAAAAACUCUUAUGAUUUCUGGAUUAGCUGUGAUGUUCCUGAGUACAACAUUUCUGCUCAUUUCUCUUCUACUUUACAAGAGCUUGGCCUGGAUGUCCUUUAUUGCCAUUGCAUCGGUUAUACUAUUUGUGGUGGGAUUUGCUACAGGCCCUGGUUCAAUUCCCUGGUUCUUUGUUUCCGAACUGUUUGCACAGUCUGGGAGACCUAUUGCAACAAGUAUAGCAGUUGCGGUCAACUGGUCAGCGAACUUUCUUGUUGGACUCUCCUUUUCUCCAAUCCAGCUGGCCAUAGGACCAUAUGUGUUUCUCAUUUUUAUGAUUAUUCAACUUUUUUUCAUACUUUAUGUACAGUUUAUAGUGCCUGAAACCAAGGGUAGGAGUGUGGAGCAGGUUACUGCUCGAUUCAGAGUUUAGUGUACUAUAAAGUGUUUACCGGCUGUUAUUUAUGUAUUUCAAUUUUUUAUUUUAUUUUAACAUAUUAAUUCUCCUUUUCUAUAUUCUAAUAUGUGUUCUUCUACAAUAAAAGGUUGAAUAUGAA